AUGGCCGGCCUGGCAGCUGCUGCCAGCAUGGGCCGGCAACGCAGCACCAAGACCGCCAAGCAGCAGCGCAUGAUUGCCAUGAAGGCCCGAGGAGGCGAGGAGGACACCCGAGUCUGCAUUCCUCUGGAGGAGCUGCGCAACACCGAUGUGGAGAAGGUCGGUGGGAAGAGCGCUUCGCUUGGAGAAAUGAUUUCGCAGCUUUCAGAUGUGGGUGUGCCUGUGCCUGGUGGCUUCAGCACAACGGCCUACGCCUACAAGGAGUUCCUGGACAAGGGCGGCAUCAACGAGUUCAUCAACGACAAGCUCUCCGACGAGUCCAUCUACGAAGAUGUGGACAAGUUGAUGAAGGUGGGCAAGGAGAUCCGUGACAAAAUCAUGGACACGCCCUUCCAGACCAACUUUGAGGAGGAGCUGAAAGCACAGUGGCAGCGUGUGAGCGGCGGCGAUGAUAAAUUCACCUUUGCGGUGCGUUCGUCUGCCACGGCUGAGGACUUGCCAGAUGCUUCCUUUGCAGGCCAGCAGGAGACUUACCUGAAUGUCAUGGGCUAUGACGACAUGAAGGAGAAGGUGCACUUGGUGUUUGCUUCCCUCUUCACGGACCGAGCAAUCUCGUACCGCCAUGACCGCGGCUUCGAGCACGAGAAGGUGCAGCUGUGCGCCACCUGCCAGAAAAUGGUGCGCAGCGAGACGGGGUCCGCGGGUGUGAUGUUCUCCCUGGACACGGAGAGCGGCUUCCGUGACGUGGUCUUUGUGACUUCGGCAUACGGGCUCGGCGAGACCGUUGUCGGCGGCACUGUGAACCCUGACGAGUGGUAUGUCUUCAAGCCGACCCUUGCAGAGGGCAAGAAGUCCAUCAUCUCCCGCACCAUGGGCUCAAAGCUCGUCAAGAUGGUCUACAAAGCUGGUGGAGGGUCCGAGACCAUUGACACCAGCGGUGAGGAGAGGGAGAGCUGGUCAGCCUCAGACAAGGAAGUUACGGACUUGGCAGAGAUGGCAGUGAAGAUCGAGAAGCACUAUGGGCGACCCAUGGACAUCGAGUGGGCACGGGACGGUGAUGAUGGUAAGCUGUACAUUGUCCAGGCACGGCCCGAAACGGUCGCCUCCCAGAAGAAGGUGGGCGUCAUCGAGGAGUACAAGAUGUUGGAGAAGGGUGGCGAGAAGGUGGCCGAGGGCCGUGCCGUGGGCAAGCGCAUUGGAAGUGGCAAGGUGAACAUCCUUACCAGCAUCGACCAGAUGUCCGAGUUCAACCAGGGUGAGGUCUUGGUGGCUGACAUGACCGACCCUGAUUGGGAGCCUAUCAUGAAGAAGGCCGGCGCCAUCAUCACCAACCGUGGUGGCCGCACCUGCCACGCAGCAAUCAUUGCUCGUGAGCUUGGCAUCCCAGCCAUUGUUGGCUGCGGUGAUGCAACGGACAAGGUGAAGAAGGGCGACCCGGUGACCGUGUCCUGCGCUGAGGGCGACACCGGCUACAUCUACGCAGGUGAGCUGAAGUUCGAGAAGAACGUGCAGGACCUUGGUGAGCUGCCGGAGGUAGGCUUGAAGAUCAUGAUGAAUGUUGGCAAUCCGGAGACAGCCUUCAGCUUUGGUCAGCUGCCCAAUGAGGGCAUUGGCUUGGCACGCCUCGAGUUCGUCAUCAACAAUGCGAUCGGGGUGCACCCCAAGGCCCUGCUGAACUAUGACACCUUGGAUGCGGAGACCAAGGCACUGGUUGAUCAGCGCAUGCGAGGAUACUCAAGCCCUAAGGAGUUCUACAUCAACAAGAUUGCGGAGGGCGUUGCAACCUUGGCUGCCUCUGUGUAUCCGAAGCGCAUCAUCGUGCGCCUGUCCGAUUUCAAGUCCAACGAGUACAAGAGCCUCAUUGGCGGUGAGCAGUAUGAGCCUGAUGAGGAGAACCCAAUGAUUGGGUUCCGUGGCUGCGGCCGCUACACUGACCCAUUCUUUGAGGAGUGCUUUGCCAUGGAGCUGGAAGCUGUGAAGAUCGUGCGCGGCGAGAUGGGCCUGAAGAACGUGGAGAUCAUGAUCCCGUUCGUUCGCACUCUGGACAUGGCCAAAGAUGUCAAUGCAGUGCUGGAGAAGAACGGCCUGAAGCGUGGAGAGGAUGGGUUGAAGGUGAACAUGAUGGCUGAGCUCCCCAGCAACGUGUUCUUGGCUGAGGAGUUCCUGGACUACUUCGAUGGUUUCUCCAUUGGAAGCAACGACCUGACACAGCUGACGUUGGGCCUGGACCGCGACUCCGGCCUGGUUGCCCAGUACUUCGAUGAGAGGAAUCCGGCCGUCAUGAAGGGCCUGGAGACCUUGAUCAAGGCCGCCAAGGCCAAGGGCAAGUACGUUGGCAUUUGUGGCCAGGGACCCUCGGACCAUCCCGACUUGGCCAAGUGGCUCAUGGAUCAGGGCAUCGACUCCGUGUCCCUGAACCCCGACUCCGUCAUCCCGACCUGGCAGUUCCUGAGCAAGUGA